AUGACUUCUACGUCAAACUCUUGGUUUUCCUUCUCCUACGACCAGAUCCUCCUCGCGCUAUCACCUACCCACGCCAUCUAUAAUUGGUAUGCUAAACCUAGUGACAGCGAGAUGGAACUUCCGGUAUUUACUCUUGCGCUUACUUAUCGCCCUGACAAGAACGAUCUGACAUCUUUCCUUCAGCCCGAAGCACCAGCUAUUGCCCCAUCUGCCUUUGGCCUCUCUAUCAUAAGCAUCAUCAGGUCGUUCAUAUGGAACGAUGAGAUGAUCCAGAAAGGUUAUGAUGAGGUAUGCCUCUAUAAAUAUAUUGAGUACCUGAGCCCAUUUUACGAUUUACUGGAUGAUAGCAUAGAAAUGGACUCUUCCGCAUGCCUUUCAGUGGGCAAUGGGCUACAAUCGCGACUGGUCAAUACAUUCACGAAAUGGCUCGCGCGCCAGAUUCGCUAUUGUCCUUCCAGGAGAAUGCUUGAAUUGGAAUCUCUCGCUGGUCCUGCGCUCUCCCAAGAUAUGAUGCAUCUCAGCGUCAUCAAGACUCUCAACAGGCACCUUGAUGCGGUGUACUUGGAAAUCUUGGACGAGACGAAAUACGGGUUCGACAAGAUUUUUACUCCCAUCGAGGCGGAUUCGGAUG